AUGGAACCAGAUGCAGCUGCCAAAUUUACGUACGUGGGCAAAAACGAGGGCGAGUUUCGCAUACCCAUACCCAACACGCGCUACAAAGCCGACGGUUACUUACCAUCGACACACACCAUAUACGAAUUUUACGGCUGCAUGUGGCAUGGCUGUCCCACCUGUUUUAGUCCCAAGGCUAAAUGUUUGCGCGUGGGUCAGACGUUUGGAACUUUGUAUUCUCGCACCCUACAGAGAGAAGGUGUUCUCAAGGAUAACGGGUACAAGCUUGUAUGCAAGUGGGAAUGCGAGUGGCGGCAAGAGUUACAGUUCGACACUCGUGUGCGUCAAAUGUACGACUUUUUGGUCGGGGGCGAGGUCAAUGCUCUCAUUAGAGAUCCCCUAAAUCCUAGAGAGGGCCUGUACGGAGGACGCGUCGAUUCUAAUCAAAUGUUGUGGCGUACCCUACCCUGUACUCCCAUGGAAGCCACUUCGACACACAUGGUGAAGGAUGCAGAUGUGCGCGUACGCUCCAAGCAUCUCAGGUAUUACGACUUCACGUCGUUGUCCCAACUGUCAAUAAGUACUGCUUGUAUCCAGAAGGUCACCCCAUCAUAUUCCGCAACCGUAAGUGGACGCCUCCAGACUUUACCUUUGAAAAGUUUUUUGGACUGGCACACGUGUGCAUACUACCCCCGCCGCACCUCUUUCACCCAGUGUUACCCUUUCGAUUCGAAUGCGUCGACAAAUACUAUAAAACGUUAUUCGUGUUGUGUAGGACAUGGGCGGUGGAAAGCAACUUUGACCUUAAUAGUUGCAAGCACGACAAGGAGGAGAGAGCGCUUACGGGGGGUGUGGUUCACCAAAGAGAUCAAGUUAGCCAUCAAGAAAGGAUAUAAGGUAUUAACCAUUUACGAAGUGUGGCACUACAGCCAAAAGUCGUCGCAUCUCUUUGAAGAUUACAUAAAGCAGUUUCAAAAGGGUAAACAAGAGGCAGCAGGGUGGCCAUCGGAUUGUCGUACCCCAGCCCAGAAGGAAGCCUACGUGAAGGAAUACGAAAAAUCGGAAGGCGUGUUGCUCGAUCCCACUCGAGUCAAGACUGAAAAGAAUGCCACGCUCUACGCAUUGAACAAGUUGUGCAUGAAUUCUUUCUGGGGUAAAUGGGCGGAGUCGCAAGAACAAACCAAUCACGCCAUCUUACACGAUCUGCAGUCGUUCUACAAGCAUCUCGGCGAUCUCAACAUUAAGGAUUUUAGGUAG